GUUGUGUUAUUUUUUUGUUAGCCAUAGAGAUCAGUUGCAUUCACCGAAGGCUUGCUAGUAGAUGAAAUUAUUUACAUAAAUCAGUAUGCAGAACUUUGGCGCAUUACGGGGCAAGACAUUAUUUAUUACGGGGUCGUCUCGUGGAAUUGGUAAGGCAAUCGCGCUAAAAGCUGCGCGAGACGGUGCUAAUAUUAUAGUAGCAGCCAAAACAGCUGAUCCACAUCCCAAGCUGCCGGGUACUAUUUACACAGCCGCAGAAGAAAUUGAAAAAGCGGGCGGUAAAGCGUUGGCAUGUGUUGUUGAUGUUCGCGAUGAGGAGCAAGUACGAGCUGCCGUGCAACAAGCCGUAGCUAAAUUUGGUGGCAUUGAUAUUCUAGUCAAUAAUGCAAGUGCGAUAUCAUUGACUUCUACUUUGAAAACUGACAUGAAACGUUACGAUCUCAUGAAUGGUAUUAAUAGUAGAGGCACUUUUUUGGUUUCAAAGGAAUGCUUACCUUAUUUGCUGAAGAGCAAUCAUGCUCAUAUUUUGAAUAUAUCACCCCCACUUACCCUAACACCUAGAUGGUUUGCUUCAAAUGUGGCUUAUACAAUGGCUAAAUACGGUAUGUCAAUGUGUGUACUGGGUAUGGCUGAAGAAUUCAAAGAACGCGGAGUAGCAGUUAAUGCGUUAUGGCCGCGUACAACGGUGCACACAGCAGCAAUUGAAAUGUUGCGUGGUUCUGAAGGUGCUAAAUAUUCGCGUAAGCCGGAUAUAAUGGCUGAUGCUGCAUAUGUUAUACUUUCUCAUAAACCUAGUAAGCACACGGGUAACUUCUACAUCGAUGACGAAGUACUAAGUGAAGUUGGAGUAAAAGAUUUUACGCAAUAUGCUUGCUAUCCUGAAAACGCCGAUAAGCUGGAGCUGGAUGGAUUUUUGCCAGAAAUUUAUUAUAAAUCUAAGAUGUAAUAACAAUA